AUGGCGCUUUACGAGCUCUUCUCUCACCCGGUGGAGCGCGGCUACCGCGCGGGGCUCUGCUCCAAGGCCGCUCUAUUCCUGCUGCUGGCCGCGGCGCUCACGUACAUCCCGCCACUGCUAGUGGCCUUCCGGAGCCACGGGUUUUGGCUGAAGCGGAGCAGUUACGAGGAGCAGCCGACCGUGCGCUUCCAGCACCAGGUGCUGCUCGUGGCCUUACUGGGACCGGAGCGCGGCGGGUUCCUGGCCUGGAGCACGUUCCCCGCCUUCAACCGGCUGCAGGGGGAUCACCUGCGCGUCCCGCUGGUUUCGACUCGAGAAGAAGACAGGAACCAGGAUGGGAAAAUGGACAUGUUACAUUUUAAGCUGGAGCUUCCCCUGCAGUCCACGGAGCACGUUCUCGGUGUGCAGCUCAUCCUGACUUUCUCCUACCAAUUGCACAGGAUGUCCACGUUCGUGAUGCAGAGCAUGGCGUUUCUGCAGUCCUCCUUCGCUGUUCCAGGCUCGCAGCUGUAUGUGCACGGGGACCUGAGGCUGCAGCAGAAGCAGCCCCUAAGCUGCGGAGGCCUGGACGUGAGAUACAACGUGUCCGUAAUCAAUGGGACCAGCCCUUUUGCCUAUGACUACGAUCUCACCCACAUUGUUGCUGCUUAUCAGGAAAGGAAUGUAACCACCGUGUUCACUGGCCCCCACCCCAUCUGGCUGGUGGGAAGGGCUGCCGAAGCUCCAUUCGUGAUUAACGCUGUCAUCCAAUACCCGGUGGAAGUCAUUUCAUAUCUACCAGGAUUCUGGGAAAUGAUCAAGUUUGCCUGGGUCCAGUAUGUCAGUAUCCUGCUUAUCUUCCUCUGGGUGUUUGAAAGAAUCAAAAGAUUUGUGUUUCAAAAUCAAGUGGUGACCACAAUCCCUGUCGCAGGGAUGCCCCAGGGAGAAGUGUAUAAGGAGCACUUGUCAUAGGAAGACCAUUUCUGAGAACUCAGCAGGAUCCUGGCUACCUCAUUGUGGUCUUCUGAGAACUGCCAUCUUAAGAAGUUUUUGCAAAGAGCCUGUGGACACUUGCCGGUGUGUGUGCUUUUCCUGUCAAAGACAAAGGACAGUCCUUUCUUAUUUUUCUCUACACAAAUCCAUAUCUUCUAAGCACCUGGCACGUAAGCACCACUCAUCAGGGACUAGUUUGUGGAAACAUCCAAGGGUUCCCGAAGGCUAUAAUUUGCUUGGUUUUUUUUUUUUGUUUGUUUGUUUGUUUGUUUUGCCUUAGGGUUGAAUUUCAGGAGAAAACUACAAUCAGUUCAGACCUCUUGGAAAGGGUCCCAUCUCUGGUCAAGCAAAGACUUUUCCUCUUUUGAACCGAGAAGCGUGCUAUACAUUUCUUCCCACUAUUGUAAACCACUUCUUACUCUUUUCAGGGCUCUCUUGUGAGAGAGAUGCAAAUCAGCAGCGCUUUCCACUCCUGAGCCUCUAAGUUUCCCGUUCAGAACUUCGUUUUCCAGUGCUGAGAGGCCAUGAAGGGGAGAACAGGAGCGAGAAGAAGGGAGCGCUUAGGAGCACAUGCGUGCACACGUGUGCGGGUGGGCGACCCCAGAACACGAGGACCGUCCACCUGCCGUCGGCCUAACAGACAGUCGUCUGUCGUCGGCUCAGCUGCAGGGCCCUCUAUCCCUGCCCUGCUGGGGCUGGCUUGUUGCCCUGCCUUUCGCCCUGUCUGUGCCCCCUGGAACAGCAGGCUUCAGCCAGAGUGCUGUUUAGUCCACAAAUCCCCCCAGCAACAGCGGGGGAAGUAAGGAUGAGAACCACAGUCGCCUUCUCUCUGGCCCUCCUCCAACAGCCUGGACACUUGCCACUUUGUCCUUGACAGCCCUGCCCCUUCUUGAAGAGGACGUGGGUGACAAAGGAGCUGUUGUUGGUAUUGGCUCCCACUGCCAACGGUCACAGAGCUCCUUUGGAUGGCCAGCGGGAAGCCCGGCUACUCGAAUUUCCCCCGAUGAAGGAACAGGGUGCCGAUCAGGGUGAGCGGCUUUGCAGGGGACACACGAGGUGUGAUGAGGGGAUCAAGGGAGUGUUCACCCAGGCAGCCCACUCUGGCCUGGCGGGUAGCAGAAUGUCAGGCAGGCCAGCAGGCUCAUCCUCUUGCUCUAGUGAGAGUCUGCAGGGUGGGACCACUGAAAUGGGCCCCUGUUGCUCAUGGAAGACUGCUUCUCCGUUCUUGGCAUGUAGAGACAAGCUGCCCACAAAGGACAAAUGGAUCUGCUUUAUGAUCCCAAGAUAUUGGCACUGGAGACAUGCCUGUUCUGACCCAUGCAUUAUGCCGACGCACGAACACUCUCCUCAGCGUAUGCCUCAGUUUACCUUGGAGGUUCAGUUCUCGUUUCUAAAGCACCUUGUCUUUCAGGCUGACCAAAAUAAGAAAUCUUUUGAAGGAUUCAAGCACAAAAAUAGCU